AUGCCUGCUUUCUCGAGCGAUGCUGACGACAAAAUCGUGCAGCGCCUCAUUCGCUUCCUGGCCAAGGAUGGACACAUCUACUAUGGGGAUGCCGUUCUCCCCGCCGGCGUGAGCGACAUUGCCAAAACCACCACGGCCAGAGUCAUUAGUGGCGAUAUUUUCGGGCAGCACCGUAUCACUGAUCAAGUUGCCGAGGUAAAGCUGCUUUUGUCUCCUCUAUCACGAAAAGACAUUAAGACCGUGCGUUGUCUCGGCCUGAAUUACGAGCAACACGCCAAGGAAUCAAACCUGCCCAUCCCCAAAUACCCCGUCCUGUUCUACAAGCCUGUUACUUCCAUUGGAGGUCCAACCGACGACAUUCCUGUCUCUUCCCUAGCCCAGGAAGGAGAAGGGCUCGACUAUGAAUGUGAGCUAGUCAUUGUAAUUGGCAAGGAGGCGAAGGAGGUCCCCGAGAGCAAAGCCUUGGAUUAUGUCCUUGGUUAUGCUGUUGGCAACGAUGUUUCUCAUCGUGACUGGCAGUUGAAGCGUGGGGGUGGGCAGUGGGGACUUGGGAAGGGCUUUGAUGGCUGGGCGCCCUUCGGACCGGGCAUCGUGUCAUCGGAGCUGAUCCGUGAUCCCAAUUCUCUGAAGAUAUCUACGAAAUUAAACGGCCGUGAGGUCCAGUCUUCAUCGACCAAAGAUAUGAUCUUCAACGUUGCGAAAACUGUUUCGUUCCUGUCUCAAGGCACUACAUUACUACCGGGUGAUCUGAUCUUUACUGGAACUGGGUAUGGGCAGGAAGCCGGUACUUUGGCUAAAGCACAACGACCACGUUGA